GUCCCCGCCGCGUCACCGGAAGCCGGAAGGAGGCGAGGCGCCAGCUGAGGGGGCUCGCCAGGGUCUCCCGUCCCCUCGGCCGGAGGAGGAGGAGGAGGCGCCGCAGCAGCGAAAGCCGCAGAGCCGCGAACGCCCCCCCGCUCCCCCCCCGACGCCGCCAUGGGCUGCUGCUACAGCAGCGAGAACGAAGCCUCCGACCAGGGGGAGGAGUCCAAGCCCCUGCUGCCCCCAGCCUCCAGCCCACCCAACAAGUCCAUGAAUGGAAUGGAAUCCUGCUGCACUCUGCCUUCAGCCCGGACGGACGAGCAGGCGCUCCUCUCCUCCAUUCUGGCUAAGACAGCCAUCAACAUCAUUGAUGUUUCAGCCGCAGAUCAGCAGCAGAUGGAGCAGCACGAGUACAUGGACCGAGCGCGGCAGUACAGCACCCGGCUGGCCGUGCUGAGCAGCAGCCUCACGCACUGGAAGAAGCUCCCUCUGCUGCCCUCGCUGACCAACCAGCCGCACCAAGUACUCGCCAGUGACCCCGUGCCCUUUGCAGACCUGCAACAGGUCUCCCGGAUAGCUGCCUAUGCCUUCAGUGCCCUCUCCCAGAUCCGCGUGGAUGCGAAAGAAGAACUGGUGGUGCAGUUUGGGAUCCCCUGAUGCCCGUCCUCUCGCCCGAGUUUGGGUUUUCCUCCUCCACUUUUAAUUUCUCUCCUCCCCACCACUGGAUCGACACCGCAGUGGACCUCGCACACCAGAAGGGACACUGGAUCUGUUAUCUGGCCACAGGGACACUUAACGUGUGGAGAGCCGAGGCUGACAAGACCCGUCACUUGGCGCCCUCCUCCUCCUCCUCCUCCUCCUCCUCCUCUUCUCCCUGGCUUGGCAAGGCAGUGCCCGGUCGGGCACCAGGAGGAAGGUGACUCUGGGACUCACGCCGGGGGAGGGGUGGGCGGGCGGGCGGUGGGCUUCAUUUACCUUUGUGGUUGUGGCUCUGGAAUUUUGACUUUGUGCGGGAGAGGAUGGGAUGGAGGGAGACAAGCAAGCCAGGGGGGGGGGCUUUUGUUCUUCCCCCCCCUCCCCUUCUGGCUGAGCUGGAUUGUUCCCUUCCAUCACCUGAUCUUUGAUUGUUUUAGAGUGGGUGGGGAAGCAGCCCUGGUGAAUUAGAGCUUUUAAGGGCUUUGGAAGUGAAGCCUUUCGACCUUAGCCUCCUCCUCGGUCUGUACCCCUCCCCUCUUUUACCUCGCUGAGCUGUCAUUUUAAUUUUUUUUUUUUUUUGGUUUUGCUAAAGUAGGUUAAGAAAAGUAUAAAUAUAUUC